CCUUUUUUAUAGUUGAAGCUCUCUGUUCCUCUUCCUUUCGCAAAGUACCUCAAAAAAUCCUGUCUUUCACUUUUAUCAUCUCAAUACCACCACCAGAUCCCCAAAAUCUUCAUUAAGCUCCUAUAUAUUAGACUCCAAUGCGACACAAUCAACCACUACAGCACGAAAUGACAGCCCAUGGCCGUCCGCCUCUACCCCUCCCUCGCCGUCUAAGAUGAGAUGGAAAACGAAGGCGCCCUAGUGGCUUUAGUCACACAAGAGGAGGGAGGGAGAUCUUCUAACCUGGGGAAGCUAGACUUUCUCCAGAGUCUGUUACAGGGAAAGGAAACUACACCUAGACCUUCUACUAAGCCCUACAGAUCUGAUUGCCCACCCCAGACCCAGAGUCUUGGACUGGAACCUUCUCUAACCCAUAUCAGACUAGGCCAAAGAAAAAGACCACAAUAUGCGUACUUGAAAAAGAAUAGCGAACCAUCUGAAUAGAUUAUUAAGUGACUGCCAUUACAGGUAACAAGGGUAGAGAUUUAUCCACAGCAGGAUUUGUGUGGAUCAUAUAUUCGUAUCAUAUACAUCCACUACCUUGAUAUGCAUCUAAGCAGCAAUGAGAGGAAAACCAGAAGAAAGAAAAAAUACCAACUUCU